AACGACAACUCGCUUGAUGUUGUCGCAAGUUCAGGAGCAGCCUCGACGCUUCCUAUCUUUACUGACAGGGUGGACACAACUAGCACCGCACUGGAAAGCUGCAGCCUUUUCAUUUUAUCACGUAAUAGGGGAAAAAAUAACAUCCCACACCCAAGCGAUGGAGUUGAAAGCAGAUAGCCGAUGCGACUCCUACCUGCAAGGCGAGGUGAGCGCGUGUCUGACGCAGGCGUUGACAGAGGUCGCGAUGACCCGACCAGCAGACCCCAUCCACCAUCUGGCUCACUGCUUGCUCACAUACAGGACGCUUCACCCGUUAAAGACGGAGCUCAGCCCCCGUGAGCACUUCCGGUCGUCACUGCCUGGAUCAACAGAGUCGGAGGAGACGGAUGCCGAUGACCCCCCGGGGAACGACAUCUUUGUUCAUAUGUCGUACAGAAAGGCUCUCUGCAGCAUAGGAGAUAUAUUUGACGAUGAUGACAUCACGUGACCAUGUAUUAUUGUGUCCUAGUGUCAACCUGACCAAUACCAGGCCCCUGGAGAACGGAGCACCACACGCACUCGAGCAACAAGCGCACAGUCCCUGAACAAAGUGGACGGAGUGACAAGGUGAAAUCUACAUGAAGCGGCUGUAAAA